AGUAAAUCAGGCUGCUAUGGGUCAGUCUUGGGGUCGAAAGCAUCAUGAAUCAGGGUCAGGGAAGACACAAGGAAGUUUGAAAGCAGAGUAUGGUGUAGAUAAUGAGUAUUCUGGUGAAACGUUUCCACCAAUAGAAGUACCUGAUGAAAUUCUUUAUGAAGUGUUAAAGUGGGUACCAACUGAAGACAUAGUAAAGUCUUGUGUAUAUGUUUGUAAACAGUGGCGGAAUGUCAUUAACAUACAGAUGUUCUGGAAAGAAAAAUGUAUUCCUAAACAUGGAUACACAAAUGAAAUAUUCCGUUUCCUAAUGGACGAGGACUUUAAAAAAUUGUACUUUAAAAGACCCUACCAAAAUAACUUGAUAAAGAACCCAGAUGCUAGGGAAGAAUUCAGUCACUGGAAAAUCCAUGAUAAUGGGGGUGAUAGGUGGAGAGUAGAAACACCUCCUAUAGAAGACUAUACUGGAAAUAAAUUGACAAAAGGAACUUUGUGCUGGGUAACGUCAUACGCAACAUGUAGUAAGUCCCAAACAAUUGACCUGUUAGAAAGAGGUUGUAGUGAACAUGUGCUAGAUGAUGUUAAGCCAAAAAUACAUGUAUCAGAGUGGUAUGCAGCUAGACCUGAUUGUGGCAUUGAAUACAGAAUAACUGUUCAGUUGUUACGAAAUAAGGAAGACGAAAUUGCAGUUAAGGAGUGGACGUUUGAAGACACUAAACCUGCUGGCAGGCACUGGUUCAAGGCUGAACACACAUUUUCCAACUAUGAACCAGGUGUUCGCUUCAUCAGGUACUAUCAUGAAGGAAAAGAUAUCAAGUUUUGGACUGGCUGGUACGGGGCCAAGAUGACGCUGUCUUCUGUAAUACUUGACCUCAAACAUACAUCAUGUGAAGCAUCGUCAGAGCGAUCAAGCAAGACAUCUUGAAGCAUACACUGAGUCUAACUUCACCAUGACAUUUUCUUAAAGACUGGUGCAUAAAUAUAAGUAAACUAGAUCUAUCACCAAAAGUGAUUUAUAUCCCUACCAAUUGAAUGUUUUAAAUGGCUUUUAGCCUAGUUGGCCUUUAGUUGCAGUACAAUAAAUUCUUUUGUCAUUCAAGUCAAAGAUAUUUUCUUGUAUAUGGAAAGGUAAGUGCAAAUAGGGAGAAAGUUGUUGUGCUGUAUCCUUUCAAAAAUAUUUCAAGGUAUAGUUAUGGUUCAUCUACUUUCCCUUGUUGCGAUAUAUCAAUGUAUUCAUAUUAUUAGAAUCAAUGUUAUUUUCUUUAGGUGUAAAAUGUUAGAAAAGAUUUUUUUUCUUGUGAUGUACAUUUACUCCUAUUGCCAUCUAUUUGUGUAUAAAUGCUUCUGAGAAUUUUAACUUAUUGUGUUAUAUGUUAAAAUGUGAAAGAUAGAAUGCAAAGAAAUAUAGAGAUAAUUCUAGAAGUCUCAGAGAUAGAAAAGUUGUUUCUAUGAAGGAUGGCAAAGAAUAGCAUUUUUGGUAUGCCAAUAUUUGGUCAACCUUUCGAACAAAAAUUUGACUAUUUGGUCAUCAACUGAUCAACAGAACAACUCAGUCUUAUGUUUUUUCAUAUGCUAAUCAGCAGCUUGCAUAAAGUCUACAUUUGUUUACACCAGAAAUAGUUCAAAUAUUGACGAAAUUUUUUUCGUUACUUGUUCAUCUUUGUUAUAUAAGGAAAGUAAACAGUCAUAGUCAUAAUUUGCCUUCCUUUAGAUUAAGAGUUCUAAUUCUUACAGGAAUGUAGCCCUUAUGUAAGUAAGGUUCACUGCAUACAAAUUACUUUGUAGUCGACUUCUUAUUCGAUGAUCAGGUGAAAUACUUCCAAGCGGCAUAAGGCAUAGGCAGCAUUUGACAAUAGAUUAACAUGGUAGCAUGAACAAUAUUUGCAAUCAAAUUGGGUAUUUAUAGACUAUGGGAGAGACUAAUGAGGGAAAUAUAAAACAAUAUUUGGUUUAAGUACACUAUCUGUCUGAAUAUCGAGUACAAUUUAAAUGUUAACCAUACAAAUACAUUAACAUUUUACGUUAAAAUUUUUUUACAGUCAUAUUGGUACGAUGAGGCAAUUUACAUAAAAGAAUUAUACCCAUUACAUUUGACUUAUUUUCUGCACUUUUUCGCCUUAUUUCCACAGUGAGGUAACUUCUUUUUGAUAGUUUUAAGAAUCAUUGUUUAAAGAUUUGAGUGAUUUGACUUUACCCUACUUACAGCCUUGUUGAACCAAAAUUUAGCCUGUUCAGAUUAAUUCUACAAUUCUACAAAUUAACCAUCAUAUAAAGGUCAUAGAGACAUACCUAACAACAUUAAUCUCUCAACUUAAUUUUGCCAAAAAUGGACUUACGUCACUCUGGCAAUAAGGUGAUGACUGGCAUUUUUCUUACUCAAAUAUAUCCUUGAAGAUCUUCAAGUGUAAUUUGAGUCAUUAGAUCAAGUGCAGGUCAGAGUACUAAUUACCAGCAUUUAGUACCUAUUAUAAACAUGAUGAUUUGUAACUGCUUUGUUUCAACUUGGUACCAUUUAAGUUUUCUAAAGGCAAACAACUAGUGGUAUUAAAGUGGAAUGCGCCUAAUUUGAAGUUGUAAG